AUGACUGAUACGUCUAUUGUCGGCAACUGGUAUAACCAGAAUGUCACGUUGGAGCAUGAUAGACUUGUGAAGUCACGCAUCGAGUACUCUAUCACAAUGAGAGUAAUUAAGAAGUGCCUUGAGGAGCUAGCCACUACCUCGGACGACCAGAUCCGCAUUCUCGAUAUCGGAGGGGGAACAGGAAGAUAUGCUGUCGAGCUAGCGAAACAAGGCCAUUCCGUAACCCUUUCGGAUAUUUCACAGUCAGAACUAGACUAUGCCGCCCAGUUUGCCAGUCAAAACGGUGUGACUCUUGCGAAAAUUGUGCAGGUAGAUGCUCGCCAAGUGAGAGACAACGAGCUGCUCUUUCAACAUGGCUUCUACGACCUUGUCCUCUGCAUGGGCCCAAUGUAUCAUCUCCUCGAGGAAUCUGAGAGGGUAUCUCUGCUUGAGUCAUGCGCUUUGAUGACGAAACCGGGAGGCUUCGUUAUAGCCGCCUUCGUUACAAAAUAUGCGCAUCUUCGCGACCUGGCGCAAAAAGACCCGAAACGUCUAAAGGAUGAGCGGGAGUUCUAUACCCAAUAUUUCUCGACGGGAAAGUAUACGCGCAAUUCCAACGCCAUCGUUUCUCAUCAUGUCGACGUGGGUGAGGUGCAGGGGCUAUUCAACAAAGUACAAGACAGGAAGGUGGUGGAUAUCGUCCUUGAAAAGUUAAUUGGGUGCGAAGCGUUUCUGGGUGGUGGUUUGGCGGCGAAUAUGGACUUGAAUGAUAGCGAAACGUACGAGGCUUGGGUGGAAGUUUUAGUGAGAUACUCGACAGAUAUUCACGCGCUGGGAGCAUCGGACCACAUCGCUGCGGUUGCCCGUCGUAUCAACAGGAAUAAUACUUAA